AUGGGUUGCUGUCAAACGAGGGAAGCGAAAGGGAAUAUAUUGGAAAAUGAAAGACUUUCUUACCAAGGAUUGAGGCCAGAGCCAUGGCCUUUUGCUAAAUCUUCUCUUUGAGGAUAAUAUAUAGUGAAAAGUAAUACUAGAAAACCUUUAAAAUAUAUUUUUGCAUAAUACUUUGGAUAUUAUUUAAUUAUUAAUCAGAUAAUUAUAAAAUUAAUAAUUCCAUAAUAAAAAAAAUUGUUUUAUAAGGGGAAUAAGGAAAAUUUGUAUAAGAAAAACGAAGAAGCAAAAAGUGAAGAUGAAGAAGGCAAAAAUAAGGAAAGCGACGCUGAUACGACAAUUUCCAUAAAAAAAGAAGAAAGUGUGAUAGAAAAUCCACAGGUUCCUGAAGAGUUUGGAAACCUAGCAAAAAGUUUGGCAGAAAUCAAGCCUAUAGAAGACUCGUUACUUGACUUAAAAACUCAUCCGUUUCCAAGCCAAGAAUUUGCAGAUGUUUACAGAGAGCUUCCAGAGCUUUGUAGUGAAAAUAAGUGGGUGCCUUUGGUAGAGGACUGCAAUCUUGAAAUUUUUAAGCGAAUUUCAAGUGAUUUUAAUCGAGACUGUGUAGUAUUCUGUUCUAGAAUAAUUAAUAUCAUAUAUAACCCUACCAAAAUCCCUUAGAUAUUAAUAAUUUAAAUUUACCGAAAUCCAGAAUAUUAAAAGCAAGAAUUCUAUUCAACGCUACAGUCUCUUUGAACUCGAUUUUUGAGACUUUCCAUACCCCUAUGCUGUAUAAAAACUGGGAUGAUUCUUAUAUAGAUGCUGAAGUGAUUUCAGGUACGCUAUUUAUGGAUUGGGUAGUUUUAAGCAGAAGAGACCAUAAGAAUAUUCAAAGAAAUUAUUCUGAUAAAUGGUCAACUAGAAAGGAUAAAAAUACAAUUAUUACAAUUGUAAGAGGCGAAGAGUUAGUACAGGCAUAUCCCUAGGAUAGCUCGAUAUGGGCUAGGGAUAGAGGCCAAAACUUCCCAUUUGGUUCGGCCAAAAUGGAUUGGUUGAACCAAGUGGAAGGAGGCUUAUUUGCAACUUUCCAUUUGAUUCGACCAGCCCAUUUUGGCCGAACCAAGUGGGAAGUUUUGGCCUCUAUCCCUAACCCAUAUCGGGCUAUCUUAGGGAUAUGCCUAUAGAAAACGUAGAAGAGGCUGGGAAAACCGUUUUUCAAGCAAUUUUAAUUAGGAAAAUUGAUUUGGGAAUUUUGGUCACUUUAAUACAGCAAAUUGAUUGCAGACCAAUAAUGAAAAUGCCAGCAAAUACUUUGAUGAUUGAGAAGUUCAAGAAAACCACAAGCAAUGUUCUGACGCUUUUAGAAAGCAGAAUUAAUGAAUGAUAA